AUGAACCUUGAAGAGUAUUUUGCAAGAACUGGCUAUAAAGGUUCCCUUGAAAAACAAGAUUUGGAAACCUUAACCGAUAUAUUCCAGCACCACAUCCGUGCUGUUCCCUUUGAAAACCUCAGCAUCCAUUGUGGGGAGAAAAUUACUUUGGAGUUGGAGCAUGUGUAUAACAAAAUUGUGCGGAGGAAGCGGGGUGGCUGGUGCAUGGAAAACAACCAGCUGUUGGGCUGGGUCCUGAAACUUCUGGGGUAUGACACCAGCUUUCUGGGAGCGUAUGUGUUCAAUCCACACCAAAACGCAUAUGCCACCCUCAUGACCCAUCUCCUUGUAAAAGUAGUUAUUGAUGGCAAAGCCUACAUUGUUGAUGGAGGCUUUGGUGUAUCCUAUCAGAUGUGGCAGCCGAUGGAGCUGGUGUCAGGAAAAGACCAGCCCCAGGCUCCUGGUGUCUUUCGCUUCACAGAGAAAAAUGCCAUCUGGUACCUCGAGAAAAUGAGACGGAAACAAUACAUCCCAAAUCAAAACUUCUCUAACUGCGAUCUUCUGGAGAAAAAAGACUGUCGGAAAGUUUACAUGUUCAGCCUCGAGCCACGGACAGUGGAAGAUUUCCGUUUCCAGUGCACGUACCUUCAGACCUCUGCAGACUCCCUCUUUACAAAGAAGUCCAUCUGUACCCUCCAGACCACCGAUGGCUUUCGAGCACUAAUUGGGUGGACACUCACUGAGACCACAUAUAACUACAAGGAAAAUAUGGAUCUGGUGGAAUUUGUAACUCUUGAAGGUGAAGAAUUGGAAAAAACCCUCAAAGAAAAAUUCAACAUAACCCUCGACAGGAAACUUGUCCCAGUUAAUGUUAAAGGAUUUUACACAAUCUAG